UCUUGAGCGCGUAGAAAAGCUAAGGAAACAAGGAAGAGAGAGAAAGAGAGGAAGAGAGAGAAAGGAGGAGAAAAGGCAAAUCUGUAAUUACUUCUCUCUUGUGGCGGAUUCCUCUCUAUAUCAGACGUUAAUUUGGCCGGGAAAUCCUUUUUCCCUGCGAUUUGUGGCGGAUUCCUCUCUCUCUCUCUCUCGAUAUCAGCAACUUUGGCCGGGAAAUGCUUUUUUCAGGCGAUUUUCAAUGAUUCCUGUCAUCUUACGGGAGAGUUUUGAUUCAUUGUUCUAGGGUGAAUCUCCUGCCUUUUCCUGUGGUUUCCCGCCAGUUUGUCCGUUUUCUGACUUUUUAUCUGGCUGUGAGGGAUACAGAAAUCAACCAUUUUGAUGGUUUUCUGAGAGCAUUUGGUGGUUUUUCGGUUGGUUUGUGAGCCCUUAGGCAAUUUUCUUGAGGUUACUGGCCCAAUUGCUGCUGGAUUCGGCCUGAAUAUCUUUUAUCCUUUAUCUGGGAUUUCAGGCAGGGUGCCUUAGGGUUGUUCUUCUGAUUUCCUCUGAUUCGGUUUGUGCCCGAAUUUAACAAAUUCAGGCCGGUACUUACUGGAGUCCGGCAAUUAGGGAGAGUCUUCGAAAUUUUUCUCACUGGAAACCCUAAUUUUGCGCUCUCUAUGUGUUUCUGCACUGGUUCUUAGGCGAGUUUGGUUCCGGAUUUUGAAUCUUCCUUUUUCUGGCACCAGGGUUCUCUGUUUCAAAGCUUUCUCCUGAUAUCUUAUUGAUUGGUUUUUGUGGUUUAAGAGAUUACAAAUGUUGCUGAAGCUCUAUUUUCUUUCGCACUACAGAUCCAGAUAAGGGUUUUUCCAGCUUAAAAUCCACCAUAUACAGCGAUACAAAGGAAAUUUGAAGGACUGGUUUCCAAUUUGGAGGAUUUGGAUUUCACAAGUGCAAACAGUCACCGGUUAGCAGAAGUUGAAGCUUAGCGAAGAAAUAUGUAAUUUGUGUGCCAAGCAUUGGAAGCUUUGGAGAAUCAUUUAUACCUCAAUCCCUUUUUUGGAAGCCGGAGGUAAUGAAUGAUGACCCAAGUUAACUUCAAAUUUUGAAUGAAUCUUUCUGGCCUUCAAAGCCUGCUCUGUUUUUCUGGUAUUUAUUGGUGAUCAUCGAAGAUACUUUCCAAAAUUACUGAAUUGUACACUCUUUUUUUAGUCUCAUAGGAGUUGUGUGAAUUUCCUAUAGAGCACCCUGUGAACCUUGUUGACUCUACUUCUAGAAACGAGUCUUUAUUCUGGAUAAAGUGGCUGCUACUUCAGCCCAUAAAUGCAGACCAAACCCAGAAUCUCCCCUUCUUAUCCUAUCCCUGAAGACCACUUCGACAGAUUACCUGACUCUUUGCUCCUCAUCAUCUUCAACAAACUAGAGGACGUCAAAUCUCUUGGCCGAUGCUUUGCAGUCUCGAAACGAUUCAAUUCCCUUAUACCCGAAGUCCACAAUGUGCUGGUAAAGUUCGAUUGUGUAAUCUCAGGAACAGAUGAUGAUGACCCCAACUCUUCUAUUCUCCCUAGACCUAGAAACCUCUUCUCCCAUUUCUUCAAACUCAUGCUUGGUGCCUUUCUAAAGCCGUUCCAUAGCCUUCGAACUAACAACAACAAGCCUCUUUUCCCUCAAUUAGCUCACCAUUCACCAGCCCAAGUCCUUAGAAAUUUCCACCAUGUCCACCAUCUUCGGAUUGUACUUCCUACUGGUGAUCUUGGAACCGAUGAUGGGGUCCUCCUCAAAUGGAAAGCUGAAUUUGGAAGCACCCUUCAUAGUUGUGUCAUUUUAGGGGGAACCAAGAUGGAGAAGAAACCUGUUUCAGACCAUGAACCCCUUGAUGACAAUGGGAGCUUCCCUGAAUCUUUCUACACAAAUGGGGGGUUGAAAUUGAGAGUGGUUUGGACCAUAAGCUCACUCAUCGCAGCCUCAGCUAGGCAUUACUUUCUUCAACAAAUAAUUCGGGAGCACCCAACUUUGAAGAGCCUGGUUUUGACCGAUGCAGAUGGGCAAGGGACAUUGAGUAUGGGUAUUGAACAGUUGAGAGAGUUCAGAGAGAAGCCAUUAGCUGCUUCUGCGGGUUCUAGCCGAACCCAAGUUCCAGCAUUGAAUAUGAAGUUGAGAUAUGCUCCUUAUUUGGAGUUACCUGAUGGUAUGGGGAUGCAAGGGGCCACUUUGGUGGCAAUUAAGCCGUCCGGUGAGCUGGGGAGUGGUGGGAAUAGUAAGAGAGAAGCAGAGGCUUUUGUUUGUGGAGCUUUUGAUGGGCCCUUUAAGGCAGCAGUGAAGGCGCUUGUGAAGAGGCGGACAUAUCUGUUGGAGAUGAACUCAUUCUAGUUUGAGAGGCAUACACAGUUUUGCUUGGGUUAUGAGGUAUCCAUGUGCCUCUCUCUCUCUUGUUUUGUAUAUUCGCUGUGGUAACGGUUCGUUUACAUACACACAUACUUAUAGUCACAUUCAAAAUUGCUUGUAUUCUUUGUGCGUCUCUGCGCAUGUGUGUGUGAAAGAGAGAGCAUUGUUUUGCUAAUUCUCGUAUGCGGCGAGCUGGUUAUGUCUAGUCUACUGGUAUAGGAAGAUUGACCUCAGACAGCGAUGUAGGUUUUGAAGCUUAAUUCUGUUGUGGGCAUCCUUGUGUACAUAUUAAAUACUUUCACUUUGUUUUUCUUUGAAUGAACAGUAAAAUUUAGUC